CUGGGAUCAGAGGAGGAGCUGGGGAAGCUGCAGACAUUCUGCAAUGAGCCCACACAGCAGCCAGCAGCAUGAACCCACAGGACACAGCAGGAGCCCUCUCUACGUGCUGUUGGCGGACUGAUCUGCUCUGAGCUUCUGUGCGGACUCUCACCUCGCUGCGAAUACGCCACAGACAUUCCUCGCAGACUCUUCCAUGAUUGUACGGCGUUGACAUGAUGGCGGUGAACAGCAGGAACAGCGACUGUGUGACCCUCGGCAAUGGUAGCCUCCCAUCUAAUACGCAUUCUACGGGUCAACCCCCAUCCGGCGAUGGAGACCAGACUCCUCCGACCACCGAGGAACCAAGACUUCAAGGGAGCCCCAACGGAUGCAUCUCUCACAAUGGUGCCGCCAAACCUGGCCCUGUGUUCCCGGAGCACCAGAGGCCGACGAUUGUCCACCAGUGCUGCCACCACUGCUCCUAUCAUCCUCCUCUGACCAGCCGGCCAGACUGUGCCCCCCGCAACGGAGGGACCGUGCCUUGCGCGCUGAAUUCGGGCUGUUCCCAGCAGCACUCAGACUUCUCUCCCACCUCCGUCUGUCCCAACCAUCCACCCGUGUAUCACCCCGUCUGCUGCGUGCAGCCACCCACCUCCUUCUGCCUCCACCAGUGGCGCGACCAUUUUCAGCACCAGCAAGUGCCGCCUCACUUGGUGAACAUCAGAACUGCGAAACCAUUCCAGCUUCCCAAAAGUUAUGCAGCUUUAAUAGCAGACUGGCCCGUGGUGGUUCUCGGGAUGUGCACCGUGCUGAUCGUCGUCUGUGCCCUGAUUGGCAUCCUCGUGCCUGAUCUCCCAGACUUUUCUGAUCCGCUCCUGGGGUUUGAGCCUAGGGGGACUGCCAUUGGCCAAAGACUAGUGACCUGGAACAACAUGGUGGAGAACACGGGAUACAAGGCAACACUGGCCAACUAUCCAUUCAAGUAUGCAGAUGAGCAAGCAAAAAAAUAUCAACAGGCCGACCGAUGGUCAGAAGAUCACUACGAAAGGGAGAAAAGACAGGUAGACUGGGACUUCCAUAAGGAUAGCUUUUUCUGUGAGGUGCCAAAUGACCACUAUUCCCGAAUUGUUUUUACCUCUGUGAAUGGACAGAGUCUGUGGAACUUGCAAGCCAUCAAGUCCAUGUGCAAUAUAGACAAUAUAAGGAUCAGAUCCCACCAUCAGUUUUCAGACCUGUGCCAGAGGACCACCGCAGCUUCAUGUUGCCCCAGCUGGACCUUAGGAAACUACAUUGCCAUUCUUAACAACAGAUCGUCAUGCCAUAAGAUUGUAGAACGUGACGUGUCUCACACGUUGAAACUAAUUCGUAACUGUGCCAAAUAUUAUCAUAAUGGAACUUUGGGACCAGACUGCUGGGACAUGGUGGCCAAGAGGAAGGACCAGCUGAAGUGUACAAAUGUGCCUCGAAAAUGUACCAAGUAUAAUGCUGUGUACCAGAUUCUCCAUUACUUGGUAGAUAAAGACUUCUUCAAUCCAAAGAAUGUGGAUAUCUCCAGUCCAGUUCUGAGGCACAGUAUGCUCUUCUCCCCGACCGAAAAAGGGGAGUCGAUGAUGAACAUUUAUCUAGAUCAUUUUGAGAACUGGAAUUGUUCUGAUGGUGUAACGACCGUCACGGGAAUUGAGUUUGGAAUCAAACAUAGCUUAUUUCAAGACUAUCUCUUAAUGGAUACUGUGUAUCCGGCAAUCGCCAUAUUAAUUGUCCUCUUGGUCAUGUGUAUAUACACAAGAUCAAUGUUUAUCACACUGAUGACCAUGUUCGCCAUAAUUAGUUCACUGAUUGUAUCUUAUUUCCUCUACCGUGUCGUAUUUAACUUUGAGUUUUUCCCCUUCAUGAACCUCACUGCACUGAUCAUUCUCGUCGGAAUCGGGGCGGACGAUGCUUUUGUCUUGUGUGAUGUCUGGAACUACACAAAAUUUGACAAACCUCAUGCGGAGACCUCGGAGACGGUCAGCAUCACCCUUCAACAUGCUGCUCUUUCUAUGUUUGUCACCAGCUUUACCACCGCAGCGGCCUUCUACGCCAACUACGUCAGCAAUAUCACCGCGAUCAGAUGUUUCGGAGUCUAUGCUGGCACUGCCAUAUUGGUUAAUUAUCUUCUCAUGGUUACGUGGUUACCUGCCGUAGUUGUCCUUCAUGAACGUUACCUCUUGAAUAUUUUUGACUGUUUGAAAAGUCCACAACGACCUUAUAAUAACAAAAGCUGUUGGAAUGUAAUGUGCCAGAAGCUACAGGAGUUUCUCUUCACGGUUUCCGAAGCAUCAAGGAUUUUCUUUGAGAAAGUAUUGCCAUGUAUUGUCAUUAAAUUCAGAUAUGUUUGGGUCUUUGCCUUUCUGGCCAUAACUAUUGGUGGAGCCUAUAUUGUAUGUGUCAAUCCAAAGAUGAAACUCCCAUCGUUAGAACUUUCGGAAUUCCAAGUGUUUAGGUCUUCCCAUCCAUUUGAGCGAUACGAUGCAGAGUACAAAAAGUUGUUUAUAUUUGAGCGGGUCCAUCAUGGGGAGGAGCUCCAUAUGCCCAUUACUAUCAUCUGGGGAAUCUCUCCAGAAGACAAUGGAGAUCCCUUGAAUCCAAAAAGCAAAGGCAAGCUCAAACUGGACAGUAGCUUUAAUAUUGCCAGCCCUGCCUCACAACAGUGGAUUUUGAAUUUUUGCCAUAAGUUGAAAAACCAAACUUUCUACUAUCAAACGAAUGAACAGGACUUUACCAGUUGCUUCAUCGAGACCUUCAAACAGUGGAUGGAAAAUCAAGACUGUGACGAACCUUCACUUUACCCCUGUUGCAGCCAGUCAGGAUUUCCUUAUAAGCAGGAAGUGUUUGAGCUCUGUAUCAAAAGAGCUAUCAUGGAGCUCGAAAGGAGCACCGGUUACCAUUUAGACAGCAAGACCCCUGGCCCGCGGUUUGACAUCAAUGACACCAUCAGAGCUGUAGUAUUACAGUUCAAAAGUGCUUACCUUUUCACCUUUGCCUAUGAAAAGAUGCACCACUUCUACAAGGAGGUUGACGCCUGGAUUUCAAAGGAACUCCAGUCGGCUCCCGUUGGUCUUAGCAACGGAUGGUUUGUCAGCAACCUUGAAUUUUACGAUCUCCAAGACAGCCUUUCUGAUGGAACCUUGAUUGCCAUGGGAUUAUCUGUUGCCGUAGCCUUUAGCGUCAUGCUCCUUACUACGUGGAACAUACUUAUAAGUCUGUACGCCAUAGUUUCCAUAGCGGGCACUAUAUUUGUUACUGUUGGCUCCUUGGUUCUUCUCGGAUGGGAACUCAACGUUCUAGAAUCUGUCACAAUAUCCGUUGCUGUCGGUCUAUCUGUGGAUUUUGCCGUACAUUAUGGCGUCGCCUAUCGUCUUGCUCCAGAUCCAGAUCGAGAAGGGAAAGUUGUCUUCUCUCUGAGUCGCAUGGGUUCUGCUAUAGCCAUGGCUGCACUGACGACCUUCGUGGCCGGAGCAAUGAUGAUGCCUUCAACUGUUCUGGCCUACACCCAGUUGGGUACCUUCAUGAUGUUGAUUAUGUGCAUUAGCUGGGCAUUUGCUACCUUCUUCUUCCAAUGUAUGUGCCGUUGUCUAGGGCCGCAGGGAAGUUGUGGUCAGAUUCCUUUGCCAAAAAAGUUGCAGUUCAAAGCCUUUUCACAAGCCUUAUCGUCAAGCGCGACCGAAAGAGGACAGAACAAGGCGAACCACAGUAAUAAGUAUCAGUUAGACACACGAGGUACAAAGUCGGAAGUGGAACAUGAACAUUAUGAACUGGAACCUCUAGCGUCACAUAACAGUAGCACAUCGUGAGGGACAACUCGCUGCAAGGAACUUGUUGAGAUAUUCUUUGCGCGCACAGUUUUGCGUCUGCACCCUUUACAAAUUGUACACGGUAUUGUAACAGUCUUGGCAGACUGUAUGUUCUUGGACCAGCCUAGCCUUACAUAUGCCUGCGUGGUCCAUUGCUUACUGCAUCCCCAUCCUUGCUUCAUGUCCAGCUCUGUAGCCAUUAGUUGGCUCACACUCUGGAAUUGCCUGGUGAAACCUAAUCAUCAAUAAUAUGAUGCCCAUCAUCUGAGCUGAGUGAAAGGUGGCAUGUACUAUAAGAUUACCCACCAGUGCCCCACCUGUCCGCAGGUUGUGUGUGGUAUUACAACUUGCCUCCAUUCACUAUAAGGGAACUGAGCUAUCCUACCAGACACAACCCAUGGACUAAUGUGGCACUCUUCAAAGGCUUUUCACUGAGGGUGGCCAGGGGCGGGUAGUAGAAUUUUACCUGUUUCCGCCCCCACGCUUAGUUAAAUCUAGUGCAGGGCCUUAGAGUGCUAUUGGCAUCUGAAUUGACCAUAAAGAGCCAGCAUAACCAAGUGACACUAUGGUGAUACUUAGAAUUUUUUUACCAUUUUAAUUUUUACUUUUUUUUUUUUUUUUUUACAUGUAUCUUUUUGUUUUUGCCUGCUCAGCCCAUAAAAGCAAUGCUCCUAGAAGGACGUGAGUGUAGGGGGAGACGGAACGUGCGCAAAAAUCAAAUAGCACUUCAGAGCAACAGUAAUGUACAUUGUCCCUCGCAUUUCAAUUCUGAAUGUCUGUUUAGGCCACAAUGUCGGGAACCUGACACUAAAUCUGUACAACCCACCAAGUGAUGUAACUCUGUCAUGGUCAAGUGCAAUUGUAUUGAGUGAUUGUCUUAUGCCAAACAUUGAUGCCGACGUGCCUGCUGUAUUAAGAGAGAUAUCAAAGUUUAUGACAAUAAAACCAUAUAGA